ACGGGAGAGGCCACAACAGUGAGAGGCCCGCGUACCGGAAAAAAAAAAAAAAAAGCCCUUAAAGCGUAUCUAAGCGGUGUCUCUCUGGGUUAAGCCACAGUGACUGUUAGGUAAAAAGAGGAAUUCACCUCCAGCCCUUGGAUUGAUUGAUUGAUGAUUGAUUGCAGGAAGCUCGCUGUGAUGGAAGGACUGAGCAGGGAGGGCGGGGCUGGGCGCUGUCAUUUCCUGCACGCUCACUGAGCGCCAGGUGUCACGCCUGCGUUGUCCCACGGAAGCCCGCGAGGUGGCGGAUGUCAUGCGCAUGGUGGAGAUGGGCACAGGCUCACAGCCGUAAAUGGAGACGUCUGGAUUUGGACCCGGGGCACCCUUGCUUCCAAGCACGUGCUCCUCACCCUGCUCCACGUGGCCUCGUCAUCCGGCUGCUGAUUCGCUCUUUCUGGGCACCUCCGUGCCUCCGUUUCCUCCAGCCCUUUCCGCACGUCAUGGCCGUGACCACGAACGCGGGAAGGAUCCGGCCCCAGCUGUCAAAAGAGAAGAUUGAGGGCUGCCACAUCUGCACGUCGGUCACCCCGGGGGAGCCGCAGGUCCUCCUGGGGAAGGACAAGGCCUUCACCUAUGACUUCGUGUUCGACCUGGACACCUGGCAGGAGCAGAUUUACUCUACCUGCGUGAGCAGGCUCGUGGAGGGCUGCUUCGAGGGCUACAAUGCCACGGUGCUGGCCUACGGGCAGACGGGGGCCGGGAAGACGUACACUAUGGGCACCGGUUUCGACGUGGCGAUGGCGGAGGAGGAGCAGGGCAUCAUCCCGAGGGCCAUCGCGCACCUCUUCGGGGGCAUCGCUGAGCGCAAGCGGCGGGCACAGGAGCAGGGGGUGGCUGGGCCCGAGUUCAAAGUCAGCGCCCAGUUCCUGGAGCUCUACAACGAGGAGAUCCUCGACCUCUUCGACAGCGCCCGCGACCCUGACGCCCGCCACCGCAGGUCCAACAUCAAGAUCCACGAGGACGCCAACGGCGGCAUCUACACCACGGGUGUCACCUCCCGCCUCAUCAGCUCCCAGGAGGAGCUGAUCCAGUGCCUGAAGCAGGGCGCCCUGUCGCGCACCACGGCCAGCACCCAGAUGAACGUGCAGAGCUCCCGCUCCCACGCCAUCUUCACCAUCCACGUGUGCCAGAUGCGCCUGUGCACCCGGCCCGACCUGGUGAACGAGGCCGUGACCGGGCUUCCCGACGGCACCGCUCCCUCGGGCGAGUAUGAGACGCUCACCGCCAAGUUUCACUUUGUGGACCUGGCCGGCUCAGAGCGGCUGAAGCGGACGGGGGCCACAGGCGAGCGGGCCAAGGAGGGCAUCUCCAUCAACUGUGGCCUGCUGGCCUUGGGCAACGUGAUCAGCGCCUUGGGGGACCAGAGCAAGAAAGUGGUGCACGUGCCCUACAGGGACUCCAAGCUCACCCGGCUCCUCCAGGACUCGCUGGGCGGCAACAGCCAGACCAUCAUGAUCGCCUGCGUGAGCCCCUCUGACCGGGACUUCAUGGAGACGCUCAACACGCUCAAAUACGCCAACCGAGCCCGCAACAUCAAGAACAAGGUGGUGGUGAACCAGGACAAGACCAGCCAGCAGAUCAGUGCGCUGCGGGCCGAGAUUGCACGCCUGCAGAUGGAGCUGAUGGAGUACAAGGCGGGCAAGAGGGUGAUCGGGGAGGAUGGCGCCGAGGGCUACAGUGACCUGUUCCGGGAGAACGCGAUGCUGCAGAAGGAGAAUGGGGCCCUGCGCCUGCGGGUCAAGGCCAUGCAGGAGGCCAUCGACGCCAUCAACAGCCGUGUCACACAGCUCAUGAGCCAGGAGGCCAACCUGCUCCUGGCCAAGGCCGGAGACGGCAGCGAGGCCAUCGGCGCUCUGAUCCAGAACUACAUCCGGGAGAUUGAGGACCUGCGGACCAAGCUCCUGGAGAGCGAGGCCAUGAACGAGUCCCUGCGUCGCAGCCUCUCUCGGGCCUCGACCCGGGGUCCCUACUCCCUGGGCGCGUCCCCGGUCGUCCCGACCGGCUCCAUGGAGGAUGCCGCUGAGGUCAUCCGCCGAGCCAAGCAGGACCUGGAGAGGCUCAAGAAGAAGGAGGUCAGGCAGCGGAGAAAGAGCCCAGAGAAGGAAGCCUUCAAAAAGAGGGCAAAACUCCAACAGGAGAACAGCGAGGAGACCGAUGACAAUGAGGCCGAGGAGGAGGACGAGGAGCCGGAGGAGAGCGGCCGUGAGGACGAGGACUCGGGCAGCGAGGAGAGCCUGGUGGACUCGGACUCCGACCCCGAGGACAAGGAGGUGAACUACCAGGCUGACCUGGCCGACCUGACGUGCGAGAUCGAAAUCAAGCAGAAGCUGAUUGACGAGCUGGAGAACAGCCAGCGGCGGCUCCAGACGCUCAAGCACCAGUACGAGGAGAAGCUGAUCCUGUUGCAGAACAAGAUCCGGGACACGCAGCUGGAGCGGGACCGCGUGCUGCAGAACCUCAGUACCAUGGAGUGCUACACGGAGGAGAAGGCCAACAAGAUCAAGGCGGACUAUGAGAAGAGGCUGCGGGAGAUGAACCGGGACCUGCAGAAGCUGCAGGCUGCGCAGAAGGAGCACGCGCGGCUGCUCAAGAACCAGUCUCGCUACGAGAGGGAACUCAAGAAGCUGCAGGCCGAGGUGGCCGAGAUGAAGAAGGCCAAGGUGGCCCUGAUGAAGCAGAUGCGGGAAGAGCAACACCGGCGGCGGCUGGCGGAGACCAAGAGGAACCGGGAGAUCGCACAGCUCAAGAAGGAGCAGCGGCGGCAGGAGUUUCAGAUCCGAGCUCUGGAGUCCCAGAAGCGGCAGCAGGAAAUGGUCCUGAGGAGAAAAACCCAGGAGGUUUCUGCACUGAGGCGUCUGGCCAAGCCCAUGUCUGAGCGGGUGGCGGGCCGAGUGGGACCAAAGUCACCCAUGCUGGACUCGGGCGCCGAGGUGUCGGCCAGUACCACCUCGUCCGAGGCCGAAUCGGGGGCGCGCUCCGUCUCCAGCAUCGUGCGCCAGUGGGACCACAAGAUCAGCCACUUCUUGGAGAACCACCCCAUGCCCACCGUGUCUGGCGCCCGCCCCGCCAGAAAGAAGUUCCAGAAGAAGGGGGCCAGCCAGAGCUUCAGUAAGGCCGCCAGGCUCAAGUGGCAGUCGCUGGAGCGGAGGAUUGUCGACAUCGUCAUGCAGAGGAUGGCCAUCGCCAACCUGGAGGCUGACAUGGAGCGGCUCAUCAAGAAAAGGGAGGAGCUGUCCCUCCUGCAGGAGGCCUUGAGGAGGAAGCGGGAGCGGCUGCAGGCCGAGAGCCCGGAGGAGGAGAAGGGGCUGCAGGAGCUGGCAGAGGAGAUCGAGGUGCUGGCGGCCAACAUCGACUACAUCAACGACAGCAUCGGCGACUGCCAGGCCACCAUUGUGCAGCUGGAGGAGACCAAGGAGGAGCUGGACUCCACAGACACGUCGGUGGUCAUCAGCUCCUGCUCCCUGGCCGAAGCCCGCCUCCUGCUAGACAACUUCCUCAAGGCGUCCAUCGACAAGGGGCUGCAGGUGGCCCAGAAGGAGGCCCAGAUCCGGCUGCUGGAGGGACGGCUGAGGCAGACAGACAUAGCGGGCCCCUCCCAGAACCACCUGCUGCUUGACGCCCUGCGCGAGAAGGCCGAGGCCCAUCCCGAGCUGCAGGCCCUCAUCCACAACGUGCAGCAGGAGAACGGCUACGCCAGCACAGAUGAGGAGGUGUCUGAGUUUUCGGAGGGGAGCUUCUCCCAGUCGUUCACCAUGAAAGGCUCCACCAGCCAUGACGACUUCAAGUUCAAGGGUGAGCCCAAGCUGUCCGCCCAGAUGAAGGCCGUGUCUGCCGAGUGCCUGGGCCCCCCGCUGGACGUGUCCACCAAGAACAUCACUAAGUCCCUGGCCUCCCUCGUGGAGAUCAAAGAGGACGGAGUGGGCUUCUCCAUCCGAGACCCCUACUACCGGGACAAGGUCUCUCGGACCAUCAGCCUGCCCAGCAGAGGGAGCACUUUCCCCCGGCAGUCUCGAGGAGCGGAGACGUCCCCUCUGACCCGAAGGAAGUCAUAUGACCGAGGGCAGCCCAUCAGGUCCACAGACGUGGGGUUCACGCCCCCCUCGUCCCCUCCCACCCGGCCCCGGAACGACCGAAACGUCUUCUCUCGUCUCACCAGUAACCAGAGCCAGGGGUCGGCGCUGGACAAGUCUGAUGACAGCGACUCCUCUUUGUCGGAGGUCCUGAGGGGCAUCAUCACCCCGGUCGGAGGAGCCAGGGGCGCGCGGACGGCCCCGCUGCAGUGCGUCUCCAUGGCCGAGGGCCACACCAAGCCCAUCCUCUGCCUGGACGCCACGGAUGAGCUGCUCUUCACAGGGUCCAAAGACCGCAGCUGUAAGAUGUGGAACUUGGUGACGGGGCAGGAGAUCGCAGCUCUGAAGGGUCACCCCAGCAACGUGGUCUCCAUCAAGUACUGCAGCCUCUCUGGGCUCGUGUUCUCCGUGUCCACCUCCUACAUCAAGGUGUGGGACAUCCGAGACUCGGCCAAGUGCGUCCGGACCCUCACGUCCUCAGGCCAGGUGGUCUCAGGGGACGCUUGUGCGGCUGCGUCCACCCGCACCAUCACCAGCGCUCAGGGAGAGCACCAGAUCAACCAGAUUGCCCUCAGCCCCUCGGGCAGCAUGCUGUAUGCCGCUUCGGGCAACGCCGUCCGCAUCUGGGAGCUCAACAGGUUCCAGCCUGUCGGCAAGCUGACUGGCCACAUCGGCCCUGUGAUGUGCCUGACGGUCGCCCAGACCGCCAGCCAGCACGACCUGGUGGUGACCGGCUCCAAGGACCACUACGUUAAGAUGUUUCAGCUGGGUGAGUGUGUGACGGGCACCGUCGGCCCCACCCACAACUUCGAGCCCCCGCACUACGAUGGCAUCGAGUGUCUGGCCAUCCAGGGGGACGUCCUGUUCAGCGGCUCCCGGGAUAAUGGCAUCAAGAAGUGGGACCUGGCGCAGCAGGAGCUCAUGCAGCAAAUCCCCACGGCACACAAGGACUGGGUGUGUGCCCUGGCCUUCGUCCCGGGCCGCCCCAUGCUGCUGAGCGCCUGCCGCGCAGGCGUCAUCAAGGUCUGGAACGUCGACAACUUCACGCCCAUUGGCGAGAUCAAGGGCCACGACAGCCCCAUCAAUGCCAUGUGCACCAACGCCAGGCACAUCUUCAGCGCCUCCAGUGACCUGACAGUGAAGUUCUGGAGUGCCCGGCGCCUGGUACCCAGCGGCCCCCACUAGGAGUGAGCUCAGAGGACAACCUGACCCUCGGCCCAGCGGGGCAGCACCCGGGGGACAGAGGCUGUGGCCCUCCUGCCCGCCUUCCUCUCCCCGACCUUCCCACGGGACACUGCCCCCUCCCUGCCCCGCCUCUUGGGGACAGGGAGGUCGGGGAGUUAAUUAAGCUGUGAAGCCAAAUUCCCCUCAUUUCUCUCCCUGCAGCCUGCCCCCACCCCCCAACCUGUCCCGUGUUCUCUUGCCGAGCUGGCCACGCCCUUCCUCCAGCCUUGGCCCCGGGGGGCCUGUCCGGGAGGUGGGGCAGCCAUCUCCGUGCCCCUCCGGCCAGCAGGCCUCCCCUACAUCCUCUGGCCCAGCCACUGCACCUGCCUCUGAGCCCAGAAAGAUAGCCCUCAGGUAACCAUGGAAACCAGGUGCAGGCAGCUGGCCCUGCAGCUGACCUUAGCCCCUCGGCCACCAGUGGCCACUCCCCGUGGACCCCAGCAAUUCCUUGGGUCCCUUUCUGCUGGGGCCAUGGUGGAGCUGCCAGAAAGAUUCCUUUGGGGAGAUGGUCAGCGUCCUUCAGUUAUUUAAUUUAUUUUUUAUUUUUAUUUUUGCUGUUGCCUCCUGGAAACUGACUUGAAGUUUCUUCCCACAAGCUUGUUCCUUCAGGUCUUAGGGGCCAGCAGUCCCGGAGGGGAUCCGCCCCCCGCCCUCCAGGGCCGCCCCCCCCCAUUUGCUUUGCAGAGGAGGGCGGCUCCCCUUUGACUCUGCAGCCUGGGCCCGUCCCCGACCUCACCUGGGGGCCGCUCUAGUGCCCCCGCCUCCGGCCGCUUGGCGCGCCAGUGCCUUCCUACGCCGGGGCCUGGCACCCGCCCCGGGCAGCCUUACACCAGCCAUGCCCGCAGAGCCACAUGUGUCUUCUCACCCGCGGGGUCUCCUGCCCGCUGUCCCCACUCCCAGAACCCCGGGUGGGCCACGUAGGAAGCAGCUCGGAAGACUGUCCACCAUGAAGGGGCUUGGACGGCACGCCCGGCCUGGCCCCUCCCCAGCCCCCCUGCAUCUCACCCCGGCCAGGCAGAGCCCCUGGCGUCUUUCCCCGGUUAUUCAGGAGACUUGCGUUCAAGCCUUAACUGGCACGGGCCAGGGUCUCUCCCUGUAGGGCCAGCGGUGAGGAUGGACUCCACUGAGUUUCUCCUUUCCCGGGGGCCGUGGACUCCCCGCUCCCGGGAUGUUGUUCAAUCCGCAUUCUUUUUCUUUUCACACACUUUCUCUGACGCUUAACUGGUCUUGCGCUUCCUGGCCUCACUCAGUCUGAGGCCGGGAGCCCCAGCUCUGUUCAGAGGACGCAGUGACUUUUGGAUCUUCCGGAGGUGGCCCUGUGCUCUCCCCUCGGUGCCCCUCCCCACGUGGCCAGGGCAGAACUCGCCCUGUCCCCACUGCUCCGAGCUGCCCCCCAGCUCAGAAAGCCGUCCUGCUGUGAGGGCCCCCUGCUGGACUUGGGGUCGACAAUGGGGGAGCAGACGUGCAGCAGGGACACGCCCAGAGCCAGGACAGUGUCUUCAGGACUGGAAAUCCCUCCUGCUGGGCCAUCCCAGGGGUGCUGGGAGCCCCCUCAGCCGCUCAGAAGUGGGUACAAUUCUCUUCUCGGGCCCCGGCCCUUCCCCCACCUCAACAGAAAGCUUCAACCUUGCCUCCUGUAAGAAAGAAUCUGCAUGACCGUUUACAAACUGUAGAAACACAAGACUGGAGGCCUCAGCCUGGGGCCAGUGGGCAGCGGCUGCAGGCCUGUCCUUGCACAGACAGGCCCUUGGGCCCGCGAGAGGCGCCCAGAGGCCCUGCCCGUUUCCUGCUGCUUCUCGUGGGUCAGAUACCUCAUGGCAGGCUGGCUCUGCUGUCCUGGCGGGAAGCACUGACUCUGAACUUGAGGUCUCGGGAGCCUUUCCCAGCUGUGCUCCAGAGCACUGAAGUCUGCCCGCUCCUUCGGGGAUGGGUUGGGUACGUGGUUGGGGGGCCCCCAGCGCCCCUCGAUGCACAAGCAUCCUCAAUGUGGAAGCACAAAAUGGUUGUGAUUUGAGCACAAGGCAGGGCUGGUGGCAGGCGGCCUGGGCAAACCCGGCCAGGAGGCUCCUCCCAGGAGGCUCUGCCCAGCGGGAGACCGAGGACGCCCACUUCAGGGGCUGCCCUCGCUCCGACAGGGCUCGGCCCGCAGCCUUUCCUAAUUCCGGGACUCAUCCUGCUACUUCUGCCCUGCUGUGCCCACCCAAAGGCUUGGAGGGCUGGGGGCCCCGGAGUGGCACCCUUUUUCCCCGACAUCCCGAAUUGUUGAAUGCUCGAUCCCAGGUCCAUCCCAGCCCCACUGACCCGUAUCCUGUUCCGGGGCUGAGCCCCGGGAAAGCUCUCAAAGCUGGCUGGCAAGCUCCCCUGACGGGACCAUCUUCUGGCCACUGCCCACAGCCUUCUCAGCGCGGUCCUGGGCCAGGCCUCUGCUCAGCAUUAGCCAGGCCAGCGUUUGCUUCCAUCUGCAGGGCUGGCUCCUCCGAGGCACCUGGAGUUGACUCUGGAGCUUGCCAAGGAGAGAGGAAGGCUGAGAGAGGCCAGCACGCCCGAGCCUUUGAGGCGGUCCGGGUGCCGCCUUCCACCCCUUGGGAGGCCACCUGUGGGUCCAGGCAUGGUCCGGUCCUGCUGCCCGCCAGGGGCCGGGUGGCUCGGGCAGAGGAAGUUUAAAGCACAAACCACCGGAGGGAGGACUGUCACCAGGACCUGCUCACGCCACCCGGGGUGGCGGAGACGCGGGCAGGGCUGCUGUACGGUCGGGGAGUCCUGGCCUCUCCCACCGUUGCGGGGCCUGGCUCCCGGGCAUCCUCUGAAGCGGUCUGGGCUGGGUGCGGGCACACCCCCUGGUCGUUCAUCCCCACGUCGCCCGGUGUGCUCACCACCGUGUUGUGUGGCCAGGGCCUGGCCUGCCAGAGCGCUGAGCUCCUUCCCACCAAGUGGCCCAAACCCGGCGCAUCUGUCCCUUUGCACCCCAAGCAGCCAGGGCUUGGCUGCCACCCCCCACAAUCCCUCCUCUUUUGGCUCCCAAACCCUUCCCAACCCUCUGAUGUGCAAAAUAGAGUUGACAGGGAAAGUUCUGAUUCUUCUAAGGCAUCUUUGUUCUACUCCCCCUCCCCCAGUGCUCAGAGGAGCUCCCAGCUGCACCACACCCCAGUUCAGCCCUUUGAACUCCUGUCCCGAGGGCCUUGCAGGGAAGCAGGGGCAGUUCCGGGAAGAGCCGAGGGUCAGAGAAGACCCCUGCCGUGAAGCCCUGCCCUGCCCACCAGCUCUUUUCUAGCUAUCCCCUGCCCGGGCGCAGGGUUGCAUUUGGUUCAGCUCCUCCGCUGGGUGGUAGCACAGGUGUAUAUAUGUUUUGUACGUCUGCCGGUGACUGUACAUAGUGUAUGAAAGUUAUUUAAACCUCAUGCUGUACAUUUCUGUUCCCGGACCGGAUGUGAGUGUUCCAAGAAGCUGUCAUAAAUAAAACGCGAAUGACCCUUG